AUGGCGCCAAAGAGAAAACGCCGCGACAAUAGGCCGGGAUACGCCCGCAAGAGAAGAAAGUCAUUCGUUCACCAAGGUCCAGAGAACUUCGAAUUUCUGCGUCUGCCUAGUGAAUUGCGCCACGAAGUCUACAAGAAGAUACUUCCUGGGCGACUACCUUCUUCACGCACCCUUCUCAACCGCAAAUGCUAUGGCCCCGAAUUCCCCAUUCUCGCACGAUGCAGAGCCGGUGGCAAGGACACAUUACGGCUCGCACGGUACUCAGCCAACGACAUUCGGCAACACGUGGAGACUGAUGGCGCCUCUUCGCUUCUGUUAGGCAGCAACAACUCACUCACAGCGCCGUUCAAUCUUGCCAAGGUCUGUCGCGUCAUGCGUGAUGAGGUCCUGUCCUUCUUCCUGAAUGGCUUCCAUCUUCGCAUCGAACACGUCGGUAUUGCCUGCUGGUAUGCGACCCUUCGUCCAUUGCUGCCGUCCAACCUCAUGAGCCUUGAGAUCAUCACCCCAAUCGAAGAGUGCAAUCAUCUGCAGCAACGCUGGCUUGCCAAACUUGUCGAACACUUCCCACGACUUGACUACCUCCGCAUCAGCGGUAUACACACCCACAAAAGCGCUUCUCACUUUGGUACCCGCUACAAGAUCGGUUACCUGCUUGUGCUGAAAUCCGUUCUCGAAAACACCAACUUCCAAAGAGUAUUCACGGUCCCUGAAGAUGGCAACGGCUGCAAGCAGCAACGAAGCGGUGGUUGCACCCCCAACAUCGCGUUCGUCACGAAUGUGGGAUUCCAGAAGCACUGUCAGGACACCGCCGAACAGUCUUUCUCCGAGAUCUUCGUCGAAGAGGAGAUCGUCAAGUCUCGCGGCUCAAAACACGCAACGAACAUGAAGCGAUUAGCACAAUUGUAG